AUGAUGCUGUUGUUGGUGAUUGCUGCUGUCGUUUGCGUUGCAAAUGCGGCUUUUCCUUGUCAGGCACCAGGCGAACUAUCGUUCCGUGCCGCCCGCCACAACUACGGAGACACGUAUUUCCGACGCUACUCCGGUGAAUAUGACAGGAGCAACGCCAGGGUGGUUCUCUUUGAGGAAUCUUUCUUUAACGGCACCAGGGAUGGGCACGAAUUCUUGUUUCUCCAUCGCGUGGACCUUGGCUUUGAUCUAGACUUCAGAAACAGACGGUGCAUCAGGUUUCCUUCUGGGCCAUUCCGUCCUUUCGAAGUGCCUUUCAACUCAACGUUUGAAGGAGAGUUCCAGCUUGGCGGUCCUAACGAAGCUGUUGUUGUCGACAGAUGGUCAGACAGGAUCCCGGGCAGAAGGCGUGAGACCUGGAUCGGCGAAUUCUCCCUGGCCAACUGCUACCCCAUCAGCCAGUUUGUCGUGGAUGAGACCGACUUCAACCGCACCUCCAUCACCCACUUCUACAACGUGGUUCAGGGCGUGGUAAACCCUAACGACUUUGAGGUUCCACGCGAGUGCUUCAACGCAACCUACGUCCCUGAAAUACCCAAAGCAGCUCUUUAUGCCAGAGCUGUUUAUAGCAAGAAGUUGUUUGUGUAA